CUUCCACCUCCUCCCCUCCUCUAUACGAACUCCACACCCCCAUGUAUAUGCAACCACUAAAUCGAUAUAUCUUCUCCUCCAUCGCCAUCGUCUCCUUCGCCUUAUGCCUCGCUGCAGAACUCAAGAAAACUAAGAAAGAUGAUCUCGUAUUCGAUGGAAAGCUGUGUUACCUGCCUGGAACUGUGUCAUUCGAACUAGGAAUCGCAGCCUUAAUCUGUCUUAGCAUCAAUCAAGUCGCCGGUAGUUUAUUCAUUUACAGAAAAUUCAGUCCAAGAAAAAAGGGGGGCUAUUUUACAGUAACACGCACUUUACUCGUUUUUUCCUGGAUUGGCUUUGGAGUUGCAGUGGUUUUAUUAAGUGCAGCAAGCAGCAUGAACCAGAGUCAAGCCUUUGGAGAAGGAUGGUUAGAUGGAGAGUGCUACCUAGUUAAAGAUGGAGUCUACAUUGGUUCAGCCAUACUCACCUUGCUGGCUCUCGGCUCAACCCUUGGCACCGGUAUAGCAGCUGUUAGGCGAAACAAAGCUGAAGAAACACAAGGGUCCUUAGUUCUUGCAAAAGUUGAUAACUGACAAGAUUAUACAAGAGCAAUACCUAACAUAACUAAUGGUUGAUAUAUGUUUACUCACAACAAUCAUUCUCAAGCUAGGAAAAGAUUGUCAUACACAGAGAAAAACCAAAUUGCUGUAUUUAUAUAUUUAUACCUGUAAUAGAAGGAAGCACAUGCAACUUUGCAACAA